AUGACGGGUUUUAGUAAUAAGGCCAUAGUCAUCGAUGGCCGUGGCCAUCUACUUGGCCGCUUGGCCGCGGUUAUUGCUAAAGUUUUGCUGGAAGGGAAUAAAGUAGUAGUUGUUCGAUGUGAACAACUCAACAUCUCUGGCAACUUUUUCAGGAACAAAUUGAAGUUUAUGUCAUUUCUGCGUAAACGUUGCAACGUCAACCCUGCUCGUGGCCCAUUCCACUUCAGAGCCCCAUCCAAGAUUCUGUGGAAAACUGUAAGAGGCAUGAUCCCUCACAAGACUGAACGUGGAAAGGAUGCUCUAAGAAGACUGCGUGCCUAUGAUGGUUGCCCACCACCUUUUGAUAAUCGUCGUCGUGUUGUAGUUCCGGCAGCAUUGAGAGUCUUUUGUCUUAAACCUGGCCGCAAGUACUGUCAUGUCGGACGUUUAUCUCAUGAAGUCGGAUGGAAAUACCGCGACGUUGUUCGUAAACUUGAAGACAAGAGGAAAUUCAAGGCCAUUCACAAAAUUGCUUAUGAGAGGAAACUUAAGAAAAUUACCAAGGAAGCCGGUGAGAAAGUGGCGAAGGCGACAGCACCAUUCACUACCGUCAUCCAAUCCUAUGGAUACAAU